AUGCCUUCCAGAAACUCUAUCAACAAGCCAAAAGAUACCAUGAAUCAAGCUCGUAAGAGAGCUCAACUUGCAAAGAAAAGACAAGCAAGAGCUAGAAAUGGGUUAACAGCCCCAGCUAGAAGUUCAGAAUCUUCAACAUCAGGUUUACCAAAAUCUACUGCCGUUGCUUUAUAUACUGGUUCAAAACCAACAGGUAGUAUAACCACAUCAACUUUAUCCAAGAAAAGAUUACACAAAAUUGAAAGAAAUAAGAAAUAUGCAGCAAAGAGAAAAGAAAUUGAAAAUAAAUUAUUGAUUGAUGCUACUGCUCAAGCUGAAGAACAAAUGGACGUUGAUGAUGAUAAUGAAUCAGUUGCUUCAUCCAAAAAACCAAGCAGCAAAAUUGAUAGUGUUAAAAAUGCAUUGUGGUCUGUGAUUGAAGAUCGUGCUUCAGAAUCAUUAACCGUUGACUCUACUGGUGAAGGUACAACUUUAGGUGGUCCAAGUUUCUCUUAA